CUUUAAUCCACUUUGCCUUCUGCUGCUCGCAGGUGGACAGACUGUCCACGGAGACGCAACGCGCCACGCGCGCGUCCGUAUUCCGGUUCCCUCUCCCUUUGUUUUGGAAACUGAGCGGUUUCUCGCGCUGAACGUCAACGCUGGAUUUCAGCUCUUUCUAAGUCGCCUGUCGUUAAUUAUCUACGGUCCUUAAUUAUCUACUGAUUGUAAUUAGCAGCGAGUCUUUGACGCAGACAUGGAGGACCCCGACAUGCGACAACAGAAGCUUGACAACCAGAGGACCCUUUUGAUGAAAAAACAGCAAAAGAAGCGGGCGGAUUCCCAGAUGGUGGUGGCCAACCGGGACGCUCGCCAGAGGAAGCACAAAUCUGUCCGAUCUGAUGAAACGCCGCUGUUGAUCAACCAGUCCCUCAGCAACGCGUCCCUGAGUGAUCAAGUUGAGCACGCCCAUGAUAACCCACUCGACGAGAUCACGUUAGGGGAGUUUGACACGACAACAAGCGUGACGUGUGAUGAGGUUCCUUCAGAGAAUCACGUCACUCCCAAGGAAAUGAACUGGGAGAUCGACGAAGAGGCCGAGGGGAAGCGGGAGGCGGAGGCUCAGACGGAGGGGAAAAGGACCAAGAAGAAAGACGUGAAAAAAGAUAAAGCCAUGCCGAUGGAGCAGGACGAUGAAAAGGACAAAGAGAAGGAGAAAAAAAACAAGAAGAAAGACAAGAUGAAAGAAUCUGAAGACCAACAGAAGACAAACAAGUCUGCCAAGCAAGAGCGGAAAAAGAAUCACUUGCAGGAGGUGUCGUCCCAGGACUUCCAACUCCCUGCAGCCCGGGAGACGGAGACAGAGUCAGGGACGGAGAUGACGAGUCCGAAGAGGAAUAAAUGUGCCGAAAGCAGCAAUGAAGAGGAGGCCCAGGCGGCUCUGCCUCGAUCGCCUCAGAAGAAGAAAACACUCAACACAUCCAGGUGCCAAAUAAGCGAGGAGAAGAAAAACGAAGAAACCCGGGUGAAGGAGAAAACGGGAAAGAGGACAAAGAAAGCAGAGAGAGCUACGCCGAGCCUCGCUUCCCUCAACUCCAACUACAGGGAGAGUUCCUCUUCUUCCGACUGCGAAUCCAAUGAAAGAUCGGCGUCUCCGAUGUCAGUGGAGGACCUCGAGAAGUUCUCUUUGCGUCCGGCCCCCCGAGACGUGACCAUCGAGUGCAGGGUCACCAGGGACAGGCGAGGCAUGGAGAAGGGCAUCUACCCGACGUACUACCUCCACAUGGAGAAGGAGGACGGCAAAAGGGUGUUCCUGAUGGCAGGCAGGAAGAGGAAGAAGUGCAAGACAUCCAACUAUCUCAUCUCCACCGACCCGACCAAUCUGUCCAGAGAUACGAACUGCUACAUAGGAAAACUGAGGUCCAAUGUUCUGGGGACAAAGUUCACGGUCUACGACGAAGGCGAAAACCCCGAGAAAAAGCCCUUCGUCAAAGAGUGUGAAUCCGUGCGACAAGAGCUGGCCGCAAUUUGUUACGAGACAAACGUGCUGGGAUUCAAGGGUCCCAGGAAAAUGACGGUGAUCAUCCCCGGCAUGCUGGAGAACGAUGAAAGGGUGUCCAUUCGUCCCCAAAGCGAAGCGGAGACUCUGCUGGCGCGCCACGCCAACAACAACACGGACAAACUGGUCACGCUGCUCAACAAAUCCCCCAGCUGGAACGAACACACUCAGUCGUACGUGCUCAACUUCCACGGCCGCGUCACCCAGGCCUCCGUCAAGAACUUCCAGAUCAUCCACCCCGACAACGAGGAUUACAUCGUGAUGCAGUUUGGCCGCGUGGCGGAGGACGUCUUCUCCAUGGAUUACCGGUUCCCCAUGUGCGCCCUGCAGGCCUUCGCCAUCGCCCUGUCCUCAUUCGACGGUAAACUGGCUUGUGAGUGAACCAAUGCCGGCGUGCACGAGCUAAAUAAGUACAAACCAUACCCAUCAAUUUCUGCGGGGUCAUUUUUCAUGUUUUGUAUCCUGUUACAUUGCAAGACUUUGUAUACAAUAAUAUGUGGAAAAUAAAAUCCAUAGACUUGA